CCACAACCACACUGACGACGACUGCACUAGUGGAUGUCUUUGGGCCCAACACUAUACAUGACGGCUGGGAACUGUCACCUGCGGUUGCGUGUGCCUUCACCCCUAGCAACGCAGACCCAACAGCACGACUGCACACCAGCACAUGCACUGAUUUAAAGCAGCAGACUCAUUCUGUGGAUAAUGAAAACUCGAUCGUGCAAAGGCGUUCUCACAAAUAGGAAGUUCUGAAAUUUGUAGUUUAUAGAUCCAUGGGUAAGGAACCUUUUUGAAGUGCGUGUCUUUUGACUUACUUGCAUUUCAGAGGUGACUGGGUUGACAGCCAGGCCCUCCCCUGUCAGGCCUUUCUUUUAGCACUAGCGAAGUUGUUCGCAGUUGGCUAUGGUCAAGGCUUAGGCCUCGUCUCGUGGAUCCACUCCCUUGGCGUUAAAUGGAAAUGAUGAAGAAUCAAAAUCCUUUAAGCGGGUGAAUUGGAAUAGAAGUUGAUCACAGAGACGAGGCUAUACGAGGUCGAUGAUCUUGAUAUAUCGUUAUGGGUUUUAAAGGUCUAUACCUGUUGCUUUUCUCCUACCCAAUCACAUCCCUCGACAUGUUGGUCUAGAUCUUGUUUUGGAUCCCAACACAAGAUCCCGUUGCAAAAAGAAACUCUGGACAACAAUGCAUUGAAGCAAGGUUGUCUGCUCAAAAGAAAAAAGCGUUUAAAGAUCGUAGAUCGUUUUGGUGGGCCGGCAGGCCGUGUUCACAAUGGAGAGAAGACAAAGGAGAUCGAGGCUUAUUAUCUUGGCUGGUGUAGGUUUGGCGAUAAUGAAAACUCGAUCGUGCAAAGGCGUUCUCACAAAUAGGAAGUUCUGAAAUUUGUAGUUUAUAGAUCCAGGGGUAAGGAACCUUUUUGAAGUGCGUGUCUUUUGACUUACUUGCAUUUUUUUUCCCCCCCUCCUCCCUAGUAGUCUCAUCAUGCCGGGACGCUGGGAGCGGUUAUCAACUUUUGACAACACGUUCGACGUACCUCAUCGCUUACCGUUACAGGAGCAGGUAAGAACGUGGCGCUCAUCCGCAGCCUCUCUUUCUUCUUCGCAGUCUAACGCAGCGGCUCAAGUCCCUGCUAUUACGCCGACGGCCUCUCAAAUGGUAGAUUUAAGUCUUUUCUCUACUGGCCCACCGGUCGGCGAAACGGACUCGCAGCAUUUGUUUCAACCGCUCCUAGGAGAAGACGUGGAGACUGCAGGCUCCUAUGUCACCGGUGAGGAGAACAGUCCAAUUAUAGAUGCCACCUAUAGCGCGGUGGCAGACUCUCUCAAUCAACAAGAAGUCUCUUUAUCUGCCCCAUUGCAAGAGGAUGGCUUGCAGGAGCACCCGGUGACAUAUCAAGACCAAAAUCAGAAUAGUGGAGAAGUGCUAGUAUUGGCCAACAAUGUCGAAGCGGGAGCUCCCACAGGCAGUGCGCGCAAGUAUACGCGGCCCGGCAGAAACCUGCAACAAGCCCCAGGGGCAGGGUUGCCAGAAGCUGCAAGAAGAACAGGCCUUGGCCAACUGGUGUCUUGGACGCAGGCACUUGCGCUGAUAGUACAAGAAUGCGAACGAAAACCACAUCUGCUACCGACUUUCGAAGACCACCCGGCAAAACCCCCUUUACAAUCGGCAGUGGGAAUGGAUUCAAUGGUGGACGGAUUGCUAGAACAUGUGGCCGAAUUUGACAUCAAGGCUAGACUUGCUGGCUCGACGCUAAGAUCAUACAAAUUUGCCUACAAGAAAUGCGUGGAAUUGGCCUGGGCGUUGGGUAGAGAUGCCCAUCCUCGCUUUUUGACACCGAGAAUGGUCCAACUUCUAGCACAAGUUUUCAUCAAAGCGGCCAGCUUUCAGAAAUCGAAAGCCCAAUAUCUUGAGAAUGUCAAAUGUUUCGGCGACCUAGUGGCACCACUGUCAGCAGCAGUCAGAAGAACCUUUGGGCAAGCACUGAGGACUUUCUGGAAAACGAAGCCGCCUUCGGACCAGAGAAGAGGUGUACGACUUAGCCACCUGCUGAUCCUCAUGUUGCACCUAUCGGAAGAUCCGCUGAAGAGAAUAGCAGCCCAUGGGAAGAGCUACUCACUGGAGCGCUUUCUGCAAUUUUGCGUCUUCUGUUGGUUCUUCAUGAUGAGGCUGGACGAAGCGUCGACGUCAACUAGACAGCGUUACAACAAUUGGAUUAGGCUGACAGUAAAAUCAGCCAAAAGCAACAACUUCGGCAACACACCACAGACGGUCGAUUUACAGUGUUGCUGCAGUACCGCCCCGACGCUUUUAAGGAGCAGAGUAAAAAUCUGCCCUAGGUGCUGUUGCAGUGAUGAAACCUUCGUCCUCUUCGCGAAUACAAGCCCAGUAGUACUAGCAGUCCUACUGGAAGAAAUGCUUACUUUCGGUAAUAUUGUCCAAAAAGAUCAGCAGUUCCACGGACAAGAUGUAGUAGGAGCGGCCUCUUCGUCCUCUACCAACACUUCAACUUCAGCUAAACGCGAGCUCAUGUUGCACUCGCUGAGGAUCGGAGGGGCAAAGUCAGCUGCGGAUGGAGGACUCUCUGAUGAGGAUAUCCGCGUGGUAGGUCGUUGGGGCUCGCUACAAAGCGUGACAAGAUACGUGGGUGAUGCCCGCGCGAUGCCAGAUACAGCCGCGAUUGUUUGGCCACUUAGGAGACCAACACUCUUCGGGCCAGGACCAAGCUACGCAGUGGGACAGAUGACGCCUCUGCAGCAAACACAGCACUCCCACCCAACCCCUUACUAACCAUAUACACACAGCUUUCGUUUGGUGUGCUAAUUCGAUGGCUCUUCGUUUCUAAAUUUAAUUUAAUCAGGGACUCGUCUUUCUUUCGUUUAUCUCUCUUUUAACACUCAACUAUCUUUCUUUCUUUCUCUCGAUCAACAAAAUGGCUGCUCAACUGGACGCGGCACAGCAGGUUGCGGCCCUGCAAGCGAUGCAGGAUGUGAACUUGAAUUUUCAACGUAACGCAGCUGUGCAUGAAAGUGAAGGCCUUGGUGUAGCGACGGAGGCGCAAAUCACCCAUGUGGCCGACCGCUGUGCGAACUUGAGGACGAAAUGCACGCCACAGCAAUACCUGUUCAUCCUGCGACAGUUGAACGCCAGGACAUACGACAGGGUGACCAAGCCACCCGCAAACUUGAACUUGCACCCUAUGGCCCUAGUGGCAACCUUCCGCUGUGCUGAUACUUUGAAUGAUGCACAAGCGAACUCGCUCAUGGACGCGGUUUCCAAAGCCAUCACAGGGUCGCUUGACCCAAAAUCCGAGGAGAAGCGCCGCGGAAUGGAAGCGGUUUACGACAUCUUCACGACUUCACUAAAAACAAAUCUGCAGAAUUUGCCGCCAGUGGCUGCGGAUCCACCGGAGACCUUCCAUCAACGACAGCUGAAUAAUUCUCUAGUAUCUAACUUCUUACCAGACUUUGUGGCACAGCUGUCGAUUGAAAAGCGACGACUGGAAAUGGAGGAGUCAGCCGCUAAAGCGGUGACGAUGGCUGUAGAAAAACACUUCAACGAAAAAUUUGGAGGAAAAACCAAGCAAAUGGAGCAGGAGAUCAAGAAUUUGAGAGCCCAGAGGGCACGGUCUCCACGACGUUCACCAAGCAGAAAAGGAGAUAACAAGAAAGGCGGAAAAGGAGCAUGGAAGCCGCCAAAUGAUCUCGUCUGCUUGAGUUGGAUGGAAGGAAAAUGUGCGGGAUCUACCUGUCCAAACGGAAACUCCCACAAGGGAGAACUAAAGAAAUUGGAACUCCUCAACAAAAGUUAUUUAGGAGGAAAGAUCACACAAGAACAGCUCAAGCGUAUUGCGUCGUGAAUUCCUCCCUCCAUCCCAUUAAGACGCCCCUCCUCUAGUAUAUAAAAGAAAAGUUUCAAUAAAUUUUAACUAAUGUCGGUUUGUUAGUUCUACUUCCUCUCUUCCUGCAAAGUCUCUUUACCAUACCUGCAUCCUUGUUUUUCCACCUUUAAGCAAUAGAUUGAUCGAAGUUUCCUUCACCUUCCUUGCAUUUUGUUACAUACCUUAUCUCGUCAUCAUACCUUAUCUCGUCAUCUCACCCCAAAGACGUGCACUCGGAGAUGUGUCACUCGACUUACAUUUCCACACCUUCCUUUCUAGAUUGAGCGCCGUCCCCCCCUCUACCCCAGAGACUGACGACACUCCCACAUGCAAACUUUGCCCAAGUUUUUGAAAAAGACGCACCCCAAAAACACAACGGUGCCACAAGCACCACCGCAGCUAAAAGGGCAGAAGAAAGCCGGGGCGCGGUGUCCGCAACAACAGCAUAUGCAGACGAGCACUUGCUCGCUGGCAAGAUCAAAUCGCCAAGUGAAAAGAUCAAAAAUUGACGUGGCAGUCUGGCACAUAAGGCCACUUGUCUGGGACCUUAAAAGCUUACCACUAAUUGCAUCCUGGCUGGCAUGAGCCAGCUAUUCACAACUUUGGUCCUCAAUAUCCAUCCCUCGCUCAUUCUCCGGAACAGGAUAAAGAAGCGUUUUUCUCCUCCGAAGAUUUCUUUUUGGAAUUUCCCUCGUGCUAUAUUGCGGCAAUCAAGAUGUCGCUUAAGGGUAAUUCUCCUUCCAACUCCUCUUAUGUUUAUUUGAAAAUUUCCGACUUGCGUUUCUCUCAGAAUAAUACCAAGUCGACUUUCGGUGCGGGCCCAAAUAGAGGAAAGAGCAUUUUCACAGCCUUUAACGACAUCACAAGAAGAGGACAAUUAGACGACCACAACAUCGUAGUUGAAGCAUAUUACUAUAAAGGGGCUCACCACGUAGUUAAUAAUAGGACUAUCGCUGCUCUACGCUCAUUACAAUCACGAAGAGGCUGGUCCACCCUUUUCGUAAAAACCAAGAUAGUAGACGGAGCCGCCCAAAUCUGGAGACAUACUACAGCGAACGGUGGCAAGUCCAUAUCAGUCAGAAAGUGAGCUGACCAAAAGUGUACUAUUUCUCUCCUUUGGGUCUUCCUUUUUAAAAUUACAAGUAAAGAUGGUGUACGGCGAAAUCGAGUCAAGAUUCGAGCGCCGUGCUCGCCGACACGACGACAGAUUGAUGGACCACGAUACCUAUGUUGCCGAUGAGGCGGUGGAGGCACACCGCCGCAAAGAAGCGCCAAUCUGGAGUGAGAUCUUUCGGCACCUUGACGUGGGCAGACGACUCGUCCGACGAGGAAUCCUGGGACCAUGCACCUAAACAUCCGAGUGAGGUUUUCGCGGACUGCCCCACGGCAAAGUGCCUGAUGGUUGGUGGCCAUGUCUCACCAAUCGAGAAGCCCAUGACCCUCUUGCAGUCAGACCCCGAGCUGUCCGAAGCAUCUGAGGGGGAGAGCAAUCAGGCACGUCAAACAAACCAGCUACUGGAAGACCUGCCACUCCCCAGUGCGAACUACUCCGUCUUCUCGUCUUCAAACAACACCUUCGCGGUUAGUAGUAGAAUCAGACCCAUUUCAUCAAACUGCAGCUCUCUGUCGAGCAAAGGCUACAGCGUCUUCAACGCUCCGCCAGCCUCUUCCUCGAGACCGGCCUACCCUCGACAACCACACGAAACGACAGGCAGGCCGGAUCCUCCGGCGCCACAACCGUCACGAAAACGACAGGCUGCGGACAAUGAUGAGCACGAAAGGCCCAAGAAGCGAUCAGUUCCACGCGGUCAGAGCAACGACCUCGACCUACAACAGGAGUUCGUUCUCCCAAGCCUGCUGACAUCGAGUGGAUCGCCGUGGGAACAACUAGAACGACACAGAAAAAGCAAACAGCCGGCUCCUCGAGUUGCGGGCUUGAAAGCGAAAGCGCUACUAUCAAGGUUGAAUCACAGAGAACCGCAACAAACUGGCAGGAGCAUGGGAAUUAAGACGAGCGAAGGAGGAGAAGUUGACUACGAUCACAUGCUUUUGGUCGAAGAAAUGCGACAAUACGGAGUCUUCUCACUUCUACCAGAAUACUUCGUGAACGCAAUUAACUACAUCAAGAGAACCGAAGCGGAGGACAUAGCGGAAGAAUCCAAAUUGAUUGCUAGCUUCCUUCUACAAGUGGCGCGGGACUCUCAAGAGAAGAACAAGAAGCUCCUGGCAACCUUACCGCCACAUGGCAAAGAAGUAUACAAGAGUAAGAGCAUCGUCUUCAUGGAUAUUUUACUAAAGAAAGCAGUGGAACGGGCCAGCAAGUCUGACCCGAUGACUCGGGCAAACAAGGACAACAUCCUGUCGUGGACGAAACGCUUCUCCUUCGGGGUCCCCAUCGGAGGCGAUCUAUCGCCCUGUGGUUUUUGGAAGUUGCUCGACGCAGAGAUUCCCCGGGCCAAAAAGGAUGCGCUUCAGGCUCUCGAAAGCAGAGAGAAGGAUGUCCCAAAGGGUGACCACUGGGCAUCCGAGGAGCAAAUAAAGGAGCUGUGGCGCCAGCGCACGAAGAUGCAUGAAAAGGGGCUCUGGCAUCCAAUGCAAAUUUCCGAGCUGACUUCGCUGGGCGCCGCAAAGAGCUUCCCAGUGGAACAGGCGACGAAGACGCGCUGUUGCAUCGACUUUCGUUCUGCAAACAGACAUCUAAUCGUGAAAGAGAAGAUGAGAAUCUUGGGCGCCAAAGCGGCCAUGGAGAUGUCGCGUGCCUUCGCGAGCGACAGAUUACAUUGGCGCAGCCGCCCGCUCCUCUUGCAAACGAAGGAGGAUGUCAAAGCCGAUGUACUGACAGAAAAGCAGAUCAGAGAUACAAUUAUCUCCGACUCAUCAACGUUGGGGGACGGUUUCUGCCAACAAAAUCGCCAAAAAGCAUCUGACCAUCCGGGGGCGUUUGCCUCCGACUUCGCUUUCAUACCUUGGUCCGCUAAACGGGACCAAAGCGGUUACUACUACCAACAUGCCGCACAAGCCCCUGAGGAAAGCGCCAUCUUCGUUGCGGUUCCGGAAAAUGUGCCGAGCAAGGAUCUCGGGCCAGGGACCUUCUCGUCUAGCAAGGACCCGUCGAAGCGAAGGUGGCAGCUGGACAAGAGUUGGGUUGCACUUUUCGGGAGCCUAGCCAGUGUGCACGAAUGUGUGAUGUCAAGCGAGGUCAUACAACUCAUCACCCAUGCAAUCCUGUUCAUCGCGGCAUGCGUUUACAUCGACGACACUCAUGUCCAGUCGAAACCCAAAGCAUUGCCAUCACAGAUGGCUCUGCUAGAUCUCUUCUUCAGCCUGGCCGGGUGGGAACAGGCCAACGAGAAAAAAGAUCAGCAUCAUCGUUUUCAGAAAUCCAUCGUUCUGCUUGGACUGAGGUGCGACAUAUCUCAGGAGCAAAAGCUCCUCGCGAUUCCAGAUAAGGAAAAGAUCCCCAAAUGUAAAAAAGACGGCUACCGCCUGAUCGAGCAGUUCGUGGAAUGCCGAGUCGAGCUUGCGCUUUUAUUGACCUUUCGUGGCCUGUAUCGCCACGUCACACAGCUUGACCGGGUUAAACUUUUCUACGCCCGCUCUAUCGAUUCCUUCGCUAGCGAUUUCGAUAACCAGAAGACAAGCCGCCCCGGAAGAAGAAGAGCUUUUAGUGGCGUCCAGAUCAUGGUCUGGGCCCUGGACCACAUUCGUCCUUUCGAGAUUACGACCGGCAGAAUGGGCCGUGACAUAGUGCACGGCUACACGGACGCGGCCGGCGAAAGCUUCCCGUUGUUGAGCGAAAAGUUGCAAAGAGGAGAAUUAGACAAUCUAGAAGAGCAUAGGCUCAAAAUAGGAGGCUACUUAGCUUGUUCAACAGGUCAUUUUCGUUUUUCGAUCGCACUUUCUAAGUUGCCGGCUUUCUUUAAGAACGAGAGGAUCCACAUAGGCAUUCUCGAAGCGCUAGCAGCCAACGUGGCCCAGAAGCUUUGGCUUCCCUUUAUACAAGAUAAACAACUAAUCCUACACUUGGACAAUCUAGGGGACGUCUAUGGUGUCGCAGCUAACAGCUGCAAAUGCAGCAGAACUCAGGCUAUCAGCCACUCUUUCCACCGUUUCUCACAACAGAAUAACUUAGACUGCUAUGUGACCUGGAUCCGCACUAGAAGAAAUAUUUCCGACCCUCUCACACGAGAAGAGAGAGAAGCUAUUCUCAAGGAAUUCUUCGCCAAGGCGAUGGUGAUCGAAGUAGAUGAAUCCUACCUGGCUCAAAAUCCCAAGCUAUGGGGUUUUAUUGCUUCGGCGAAUAUCCCCAUGUAAAAGGUCGACUCCCUCUAGCAUUUGUCUCCCACGCAUCCUCUUCUGUCUCACUAAGGGUUCAAGCCCUCUCAUUCAUGCAGAUAUCCUAGUAGGCCCUAAGGGACCUAUAAAAACGUCCUUAAAAAAUAACUCACCUGUAGUGCUCAUACUUAAUCCCCUUUUUCGUUACCAUCACAAAGAUUGUGCCACUACUCCACCUUUUUGGCCGGGCAUCGCCAAUGCUCGGUCGAUGAUCUUGAUAUAUCGUUAUGGGUUUUAAAGGUCUACUCUAUACCUGUUGCUUUUCUCCUACCCAAUCACAUCCCUCGAUAUGUUGGUCUAGAUCUUGUUUUGGAUCCCAACACAAGAUCCCGUUGCAAAAAGAAACUCUGGACAACAAUGCAUUGAAACAAGGUUGUCUGCUCAAAAGAAAAAAGCGUUUAAAGAUCGUAGAUCGUUUUGGUGGGCCGGCAGGCCGUGUUCACAAUGGAGAGAAGACAAAGGAGAUCGAGGCUUAUUAUCUUGGCUGGUGUAGGUUUGGCGAUAAUGAUAAGCCAGUAAAACAACUAAAUGCUGCUCAACAUACAUUUUGCUAGAGAAGUGAGAUUCAAACUGACUCACCACACUGGGAGACGCAGUGUACUAGCAAAAGCAAUGCUGUGCACCUUGAUGAAAAAAAUGACUACCCGCAAAGCUUAAUUAACCGCUGGCGGAUCAUCAUCUAAUAGAUAGUGCCAAAAGUGUUGCCUACACAACUGCUGACGGCUUUUUCCAGUAUCCAGUGGAUGAUGGGAAAGCUAGCACCGUGCCCGGCCCGAAAAUAGCAGCUUUUGCUUUCUGGAAAGUAGGUGGAGCACAGGAACUGGGGGAAACUGGUACUUCUUCUUGGCUUGAUCAUCAUAAUCGCGGGAAGCAGCUUGUGGAUAAUAAUGCUGUUGCUGGCCGUGACCGGCGUGGCCGCCUGUGUUUGUUUUUUGUGAAGCGAGGCCUUGGACUUCUAUGUAUUUGUAUAAUUGGCUAGACGCAGAGGCAUGAUUGAUGUCUUCAUCGUGAUCAAGUACAACUACAGGAAACAAACGCAAUCCGGCCAUGGCGACGCGAUAUGUGCCUGCAAUAAAUACCGAUGGUCGAGCUUUGGCUUACGUCGAUAUUCGUUUUGGUGUACAGCGGUUGAGUGCAAACACUAGGGCUGGCAUACUGGUAAGUCUAGUGUAGCACUAGCAUUAGGGGGUAGGGUCGCUUAUUUUGUAAACCUAAAUGACAAUCUCCGUCCUCCACUUCAAGCGAUUCCCGAUCGCGGCUGAUGUAAAAAACGAAAUCGGAAGGUUUUAUAGCAGACUGUGUUGAAAAGUGGCGUUAUUACUUGCUCAUGCUCUGCAAGCUCUAACAUCUGCGGUGGCGUUUUCUUGUACAUCGGUGACCGCAGUAUGAGCGUCGCGGAUGCGGUACAACUUGCUACCCCUAGCAAUCAAACGGACAUGUGCGGCGCCUGGAAGCUCGUGCGAUUUCAGGAAUUCUUUCCUGUACCACCACAAAGUGUGAAAUUCUUCACAGACAGCGACGCUGCCGUUGUUCAGAAGCAGAUAUCAGCAACGGCUAGCAGUGUUAAUUUACGAGCUAGGUCUAGAGCGUAUUCUUGUAGUUGACAUCUUCUAUUUUCUCUCAGUCUCUCUCUCUCUUUUAAUUAUUCUCCAUCUGCUCGUCUAAGAAAAGUGCGAUUGUUGGGUUCGGAGGUGGGCGGAAAGUACCUCCGCGUCGCCGAGCGAGGUGUCGGCGGGGGAAACAUCAUACUUCUCGGGAAAGUGAAAGAGGUAUACGAAGGUGACACCUCAGCAGCUUUGCUGGUAUCUCGAGGACAAGCUGCAGCUCUGGGG